AUGUUGCUCUCAGUGCUUCUGGCCCCGAUUCUCGGCUUCUGCUGGGUUACGCAGGGUGUCAAGUUGCCUGUUGUCGACCUUGGGUAUGGGCUCCAUCAGGCAAUAGCAUACAACGACUCUUUGGACUUUUACAACUUCUCCAACAUCCGAUAUGCUCGGGCCCCAACAGGCAAUCUUCGCUUCACGGCUCCCCAGCCUCCAUUGACGAACAGAACUGUUCAGAACGGCAGCUCCGGGGGAACCUGCCCUCAGUCAUACCCUGUUUGGUAUCUCUGUGGCUUGGCUCUGCUCAGCGGCUCCAUCAACUCCACCAAUGCAUGUGAUGCUAGCCUCAUUCCCAAGCCUGACUCCACAGAACGAGAGGAUUGCCUGUUCCUAGACGUCAUCGUCCCCAAACAGAUUUUUCCCAACGCCAGCACAAAACAGGACACAGGAGCGCCGGUGAUGGUUUGGGUCUAUGGAGGUGGAUUCACUUUUAGCAAGAAAUAUGAGGAUGGAAAUCCCGCUGGCCUUAUCCAGAGAAGCCGGGAAGAAGACCCUAGUGGCAAAGGCGUUAUCUACGUUACCUUCAAUUAUAGGGUAGGAGGUGGUGCAUUUGGGUUUCUGUCAGGACCUAACGUCCAAUCCAAUGGGAGGGCCAACGCUGGUCUGCUCGAUCAGCGAAUGGCGCUCGAAUGGGUGCAGCGCUAUAUUCAUCUCUUCGGAGGCGAUCCAAAGCAGGUCACCGUGUUUGGACAAUCUGCUGGUGCCGGGUCCAUCAUGCACCAGAUCACCGCAUUUGCAGGCCUGAAGGGUCCUGCGCCUUUUCGGAGAGCAAUUCUGCAAUCCCCCGGAUUUGAACCGUUCCCCAGCCACUGGGAACAGGACAAUCUGUUGCAGAAAUAUCUCGGACUCCUUAACGUGUCGACGAUCCAAGAAGCACGCCAGCUUCCGUUCGCUUCUCUCUCGGCCGCCAAUGUGGAACUCGUCGCGGGAUCGCCGUAUGGGACAUUUACAUUUGCGCCCGCGGUCGACGGGGAUUUCGUACCGUCGCUGCCUGGUAACCUUUUGGCACAGGGGAACUAUGAUACGUCGGUACAGAUCAUGACGGGCUUCAACGCCCACGAGACGCUCUACUUCACCGACCCGGACAGUACCAAUAACUCAAUCUUCGUGUCCAGCAUCUCUAGCACGUUUCCCGGCAUCCAGCCCUCGGUGGCCAACUACGUGGCCCAGGACCUCUACCCGCCGAUCUUCAACGGAAGCUACCCUUAUACGUCGUUCUAUGAGCGGGCCGAGCUGACGCUGCAGGAAAGCGCGUUCACAUGCAACACGUUCUUCCUCCAGGAGGCCGCGAAGCUAGCGGCCGGGUACGGAUACCGCUUCAGCGUCCCGCCUGCCUACCACGGUCAAGACGUGGCCUACACGUACUACAACGCCGCCACGGCAGGGCGCGGCGUGAACGCCACGAUCGCCCUGCUCAUGCAGCGGUUCUUCACGCGCUUUGCGCUCAGCGGCGACCCCAACCGCAAGGGCGACGCGGUCACGAUCCCUGUGUACCAGCCAUCGAGGGAGAUCCUAGACCUGAACGUGACGGGUCUGGACGUGGUCCCGGAUCCCAACGACAACGCGCGCUGUCGGUGGUGGCAGAAGUCUCUGUACUACUGA